AAUUCAUAAAACUAGACUUGCCCAAUUCGACUUGAAUGCUCUUCAAAUCUCUUGGCCGCCAUCUCACGAAAGUUUCUUCGAAUAGUGCCAGUUCACUCAGGACAAUCAAGUACAAAACUGUGGAUGGAAAACCAAGAGAUACACUUACACUUCAAAAUGUUGAUUUUAUAAUCAAUCCUGAUGAGAAAAUGAUUGAUGAGUAUAUGAAAGUGUACGGAAAUCAACGUUUGAACUUCAAAAGAAACGACAUUUCAAUGUGGAUGAAGUCAUUUGAAGGCCGUUAUGCUCUGUGGUUUACUUGCCCAAAGGGAACUAACAAAAUAAUUCAAACAUCCCACGUCAUCACCUUCCCACCGAUACCAUCAAACAAUGACACAAAUCAUCAAUAUCGUGGAAUGUUUUGGAUUGAUGCAGAUUAUCGUGGAGUUGAUAGCAUGAUAUUGACUGAUUAUAUUGAGAAGCUCAGAAUUCGUAAUCAAUCAGAUAAUGCUGUUGCUCAAUGCAUGCCUACUUCGAUGAACUUAUGGAAGAAAAUGCAUGGACAAAAUGAUGCUGGACAUAUUCAGAAUGUUUCAUAUUACAAGCCAGAUGAGAUGCAGGUUCCUGACGACUUGAAUCUUGAUGGAAUAUUCCUUAAAAAUGCAACGGAGGCACCAAAUAUGUAUAUUGUGAAACUGUUAAAUCUUCUUAGAGAUCCUGAAGGUUUUGGAAAGGUAGCAUACGACAAUAAUGGAAAAGUGAUUGGAUUUGGAAAUGUGAUCAUCUAUCCAUCUGGUGAAUGUGUAUUGACUCCACUAUAUGCUGAUGAUAGUAAAGUGGCUCAGGCAAUAUUCAAAAGCAUUUUAAAAGAAAUUCCACUCAAUGACAAGAAGCUUUUGAGAUUCCAAAUAAGAUCAAUCGAUCAAUGUGAAGGAGGAUUUGAAUGGAUUCAACCCUUUGUUAAAAAUCCAAUAAGAAAGGAAAUCAUGGGAUAUUUGACUUACGAAACUCACUCUCCAAUUAUUAACUACAAGAAGGCAUUCGCGAAUGCACCGUACACUACUUGUGCAAUUUGAACUGAUAAUGAAUAAUUAAAUU